UUAAUGGAUGCUGAUUCUGUAUUUCCUUGGAUACAUUCUGUAUUUGAAGAUCUGCAAGAUAGAUUACAUCCAAUUGCAAGGAAAGCGCUUAAAGGUGUAUUGAUUUCUAAUUCGAACACACCGAAUUUUCUUGAAGUUCCUAUUCGAGAAUGCUAUUCAGGAAACCCAGCUAGUAAAAGCACUCAAGGAUAUUUUUUAGCAUUAGCCGAGGUUUUCUUUGAAAACAAAGACUACCCUUUUCAAAAUGAUCAGCCAUGCAGUGUGCUGGCUUUGGCUUUGUUCAAAACCGGUGAUGCUGACUUAGAGGUCCGUCAAAAUGCUCUAAAGUUACUAAAUAUUAUAGAAACAAGAUUCUAUAAAGAGAGUUGUACUGAUGAAUUUAAAGUCGGAAUUACUAGUCAACUAUCUUCUAUAUAUAAGCAAGCACAAAUUGCAUUAUCAACUCGUCUUGCACAAAAUGCUCGAAAAAGAGAUGAGGAAAAACGCAGUGCAAAUAAAAAUGACGAUGAUUCUGAUAUUCAUGAGGAAACUCAUUAUAUGUUAUCAGAGUCAUCAAUGAGAUUUGAGAGUAUUCCAGAAAAAGGCAAGAAAGAAAUGCUUCGUUACUUAGCACCAUGGGUUCGGAAUAUUGAAUUACGUUUUACUGAUAAAGGAGAGUUGCACCCGACAACUUUUAUAAUGAUAUCCAAUCUUUUUUUCAUAACUGUGAAAUACGGUGAUAUAUUCGUCAGAGAAAUCGAGAAACUUUGGCAACAGUUAGUUAUGGGAGAACAUGCUCGUAAUAUUCGUUCAAUAGUCAAGUUCUUAAUUGAUGUUGGGUUAGAAAAACGGAAUCCGAUCUUUGUUUUUCACGCGAAACGAGUUUUUGUUUACCUUGGACGUACACCUACCUGUGCGGCAGUUAUCGAAACACUGAUCAAAGAAAUUACUCCGAAAUCUAUGACCCCUCAGCCAAAAGAAACUAUAGAACGUGAGGAUUAUAAUCUUAAUGGAAUGUUUCUUGCUAAAAUUGAGGAGGCAAUGCCACAACAUAAUAAGAAGCCUGUAUUUUCAUCUGGUCAAUUAGCAAUGUUAUAUAUGGUUGACAUGGCAAUAGAAGCUGGGCCUGUUUUUGAGUUUCACCUUCCAAAGCUAUUCCAUGUUUUGUUUGUACAAUUGGAUUCACCUAAUCCGCUUAUAAGCGAAGAGACUAAAGCACUCUUGGUGAAUUUAAUUCAUUCAAUUAUCCUUUGCAAGUCAGUUUAUCCCGAAGUUAUUAAACUUGGUCAUUCCUUGGUUGCAGAGUUAAAAGCAAAAGAGUCACAAUUAUGGGCAUACGAAGAUAUAACAUAUUCUAAUCGAAAUAUUAAAAGUUUAUCGGAUUUGGAAAAAUUAGCCAGAGAUGUAGUGACUAUAUUUGGUGUUUCUUUAUAUGGAGAGACCAAUAGCGAGGACCUAAAACAAUAUUGGGGAGAAAUAGCACUAACAUGGGCAACAUCGUGUCCUGUUCGUCAUAUAGCGUGCCGAUCUUUUCAAAUAUUUCGUUCAUUAAAUCCUGGAUUCAACUUGAAUAUGCUCGCAGCUGUACUUGCAAGGUUAUCUAACACUAUAUCAGAUAAUUCAGAGGAUAUUCAAGGAUUCGCUUUGGAAAUUUUAAUAACAAUUAGUCACGUAGUUGAUGGACGUGAACCAGAUACUAAAGAAAUAUUUCCACAAUUAUUAUGGGCAAUUAUCGCAUGUCUUCAAACUACAAAUGAGCCAGAAUAUCUGGAAGCAUUAUCUAUUCUGGAGAAAAUUUUGGAUAAAUACAAUGUUAAUGAUGAGGAAAAUCACGAAAUAUUUUGGAGUUUCUUCCCAGAGAAGUGGCUUAGGCCAUUUAAUGGAGUUCAGCCUUUAUUAAUGAAAGGGAUUGGUUCAUCAACAGCAUGUCAAAAAACGUUCGAUAUGCUUAAAAAAUUACUAUUUAUACAAGAUGCCCAACUAAUAGAUCCUACUCCAGGACGAUAUUUAUAUUUGCUUCUUGCUAAUCUUCCACGACUUGUUCAUUCGUUAGAAGAUGAAAGUAUCCGGGAAGAAUGUAAUCUAUCUUGCAGAUCUUCAAAUACAGAAU